CACACCUCCUUGUUAAUAAAUGAAAUAAAUAGACCAGGAGUAGAUUAUGAGCUCUCUUGUGCUUUUGAGACGUUUUUGUUCGCCUAAAGUUCUUGGUAGCUCUCUCUCCCUCACUGCAUCCUCUUCUAUCAGGAGGAGUCUCAGUACUGCUGGAGAUGAUAUUGAUUUGGUGGUGAUUGGCAGUGGUCCUGGGGGAUACGUUGCUGCUAUCAAAGCUGCUCAAUUAGGAAUGAAAACCGUGUGUGUUGAGAAGGACCCAACACUUGGUGGGACUUGUCUUAAUGUUGGGUGCAUUCCAUCUAAGUCUCUUCUUAACAAUUCACAUUUUUAUCAUAUGGCUAAGGAUGAUUUUGCUAACAGAGGGAUUGACGUUGGAGAAGUCAAGUUGAACUUAGGUAACAUGAUGAAGCAGAAAGAAGAUGCAGUGAAGCAGCUAACGUCAGGGAUUGCUUACCUAUUUAAGAACAACAAGGUGACUCAUAUGGCUGGGUUUGGUAGUGUAUCCACUCCAAAUGAGGUAACCGUUACUAAAAAUGAUGGAUCAGUUGAGAAAGUUAAGACAAAAAAUAUUUUGAUAGCUACUGGAUCGGAGCCUGUAGCUUUCCCUGGCCUUGAAUUUGAUGAAAAGAUUAUUAUAUCAUCCACUGGUGCUCUUUCCUUAGAAUCAGUUCCUCAGAGACUCUUAGUGAUUGGUGCUGGUGUCAUUGGAUUGGAACUGGGUUCAGUGUGGUGUCGAUUGGGCUCUAAAGUCACUGCAAUAGAGUUCUUAGGUCACGUUGGUGGAAUGGGUAUAGACAUGGAAGUAUCGAAGAGCAUUCAGAGAAUAUUAAAGAAGCAAGGACUAGAGUUUAAACUGAACACUAAAGUGACCAGUGCAGUGAAGACUGAGUCCGGAGUCCAGGUAACAGUGGAGUCGGCCAAAGGUGGUAAGGAAGAGCAAUUAGAAACUGACGUAUUAUUAGUGUGUGUGGGACGAAGACCCUAUACUAGCAACUUAGGACUAGAGGAGAUUGGUAUCCAGUUGGAUGAUAAGAAAAGAAUACCAGUUAAUUCAACAUUUCAAACAUCAGUACCAAAUAUUUAUGCUAUUGGUGAUUGUAUCCAUGGUCCUAUGCUAGCACACAAAGCAGAAGAUGAAGGAAUCAUUUGUGUUGAGAAUAUAUUAGGAGGAGCCGGUCAUUUAGAUUAUAACUGUGUCCCUUCGGUGAUAUACACACAUCCUGAAGUGGCAUGGGUGGGUAAGACAGAGGAGCAGUUAAAGGAAGAAGGGAUAACUUAUAAGGUUGGGAAAUUCCCUUUCUCUGCUAAUAGUCGAGCUAAGACUAAUGCUGAUGCUGAUGGUUUUGUAAAGAUUCUCAGUGACAAGACAACAGACAGGAUGCUAGGUGCUCAUAUAGUAGGAGCGACUGCUGGUGAGUUGAUCAAUGAGACCGUGUUAGCACUGGAAUAUGGAGCCUCUGCUGAAGAUGUUGCUAGAGUCUGCCACGCCCAUCCUACUUGUGCUGAAGCAUUGCGUGAAGCUAGUCUAAUGGCGUAUUGUGGUAAAGCUGUCAACUUUUAAAACCAUUGUGACCAGAUAAUAACUAUUAUAACACUGCAUUGCACACACACACAUGCAGAUCGAGUGCUGUUUUAUGGCUAUAGACGACAUUGUCCUACAUAAAUUAUUUAAGUAAUUAUUGCAAACCAAUUGUUAUUUGUUCUUUGAAAAAUUUAGAUUAUUAUUAUAAA